GUCACUGGUGAAACGACCACCGCCUGAUCAGAUUCUUCAACGUAUUCUGUCGAAUUUCAGGGGUAAAAGUGUAAACAACCUUUCUCCAUCUCCUUUCUUGUUCGCAAAUUUGAGAGAACUGCAAAAAGUGUGCACCCUACUGCAAUUAUUGCUCUUCACCAUAUCACCGCUCUCCCAAACACGGUAAAUUGUAUCUCUUCUCUCGUACUCGAUUUUCUCUUACGUGUUUCUCUCAUACUAAACACAUACUUAGGGUUUAACAUUUAGGGUUUUUCUCAAUCUCCAAUUUCAACAAUGGGUGCCGAAAUUCCACAAGACGGAUUGAAGAAACUCGAGUACCUAUCACUUGUAUCCAAAGUAUGCACCGAGUUAGAAUCCCAUACUGGAGCUGGCGACAAGGUUCUCGCCGAGUUUAUUACCGAUUUAGGUCACUCAUCGGAAACCGUCGAGGAAUUCGACGCUAAACUCAAAGAAAACGGCGCCGAGAUGCCUGAUUACUUUGUCCGAACACUUCUCACCAUAAUCCACGCUAUUCUUCCUCCGAAACCUAAGAAGGGGAAAGAGAUUCAGAAAGAGAAUUCCACCUCGAAGACAAAAUUCAAGGCGUUGGCGAUUUCAGACGAUAGGGAUCGUGCCAAGGAGCUUCGGAACGAGAUCGAAACCGAAGCUAGAGAAAAACAGAAACAAAAGGAACCAGACAGGUAUGAAAAAUAUAGGAAUGAGGAUGAUGAUGGUGGUGGUUAUAGAGAUAGGGAUAGAAGAGAUAGGCGAAGAGAUGGGUAUGAUAGAGAUGAUAGAAGGGAUUAUAGAAGGGGGAAUGAUAGAGACAGAGAUAGGGAUAGGGAUAGGGAUCGGUACGAGAGGCGAAGGAAAGAUGAGUAUCAAGAGUAUGAAGGUGGAAGGGAGGAAAAUGGUGAUGAGAAAGGUCGUAGAGAUUCGAGGCAUGGUGGUUCAGGUGAACCUGAGUUGUAUAUGGUUUAUAAAGGAAGAGUGUCUAGGGUGAUGGAUACUGGGUGUUUUGUUCAGUUGGAUGAUUUUAGAGGGAAGGAGGGUUUGGUUCAUGUUUCUCAGAUUGCUACUAGGAAGAUUGUUAAUGCUAAGGAGGUUGUUAAAAGGGAUCAACAGGUUUAUGUCAAGGUGAUAUCUGUUUCUGGUUCGAAGUUGAGUCUUUCCAUGAGAGAUGUUGAUCAGCAUACCGGGAAGGAUCUUCUUCCAUUGAAGAAGAGCUCGGAGGAAGAGGCUUUUCGGACGAAUCCACAGGAUUCAAAGGAUGGGCCAGUUGCUAGGACAGGGCUUUCUGGGAUCAGAAUUGUGGAGGAGGAUGACGUUGGUUCUUCGCGCAGGCCGCUGAAGAGAAUGAGCUCUCCUGAGAGAUGGGAAGCAAAACAGAUGAUUGCUUCGGGGGUUUUGAGUGUUUCGGAGUAUCCGACUUAUGAUGAGGAGGGAGAUGGAGUCAUGUACCAAGAAGAAGGUGCUGAGGAAGAGCUUGAGAUUGAAAUGAAUGAGGAUGAACCCGCCUUCUUGCAAGGGCAGAGUAGAUACUCAAUGGAUAUGUCUCCCGUUAAGAUAUUUAAGAAUCCAGAAGGUUCUCUAGGUCGCGCGGCUGCACUCCAAUCUGCUCUUAUAAAGGAACGAAGGGAAGUAAGAGAACAGCAGCAACGUACCAUGCUUGAUUCAAUUCCAAAGGAUCUCAAUCGUCCUUGGGAAGACCCUAUGCCAGAGUCAGGUGAAAGGCAUCUUGCCCAAGAGUUGAGAGGUGUUGGCUUAUCGGCCUACGAUAUGCCAGAAUGGAAGAAGGAUGCCUAUGGGAAAACCAUUACUUUUGGGCAAAGGUCAAAGCUUUCUAUUCAGGAACAGAGGCAGAGUUUGCCAAUUCACAAGUUAAAAAAAGAAUUGAUUCAGGCUGUCCAUGACAAUCAGGUCUUGGUUGUGAUUGGUGAAACCGGUUCGGGUAAAACUACUCAGGUCACACAGUAUCUUGCUGAAGCGGGUUACACCACAAGAGGUAAAAUUGGAUGUACUCAACCCCGUAGGGUGGCUGCAAUGUCAGUUGCAAAGAGAGUUGCAGAAGAGUUUGGCUGUAGAUUAGGAGAGGAGGUUGGUUAUGCCAUUCGGUUUGAGGAUUGCACUGGACCUGAUACUGUAAUCAAGUACAUGACCGAUGGUAUGCUUCUUAGGGAAAUAUUGGUUGAUGAGAAUCUGUCACAGUAUUCUGUUGUAAUGCUUGAUGAAGCCCAUGAGAGAACUAUUCACACUGAUGUUCUUUUCGGACUGCUGAAGCAGCUGGUGAAGCGUAGACCUGAGAUGCGAUUGAUUGUCACAUCUGCUACUCUUGAUGCUGAAAAAUUUUCAGGAUAUUUCUUUAACUGUAACAUCUUUACAAUUCCUGGGAGAACUUUUCCUGUGGAGAUACUUUAUACUAAACAGCCAGAAAGCGAUUACUUGGAUGCAUCUCUGAUCACUGUCCUGCAGAUCCACUUGACAGAACCUGAAGGAGACAUUCUUCUCUUCUUAACUGGUCAGGAGGAGAUUGAUUUUGCUUGCCAGUCUCUCUAUGAGAGAAUGAAGGGAUUAGGUAAGAAUGUCCCAGAGCUGAUCAUUUUACCUGUUUAUAGUGCCCUUCCUAGUGAAAUGCAAUCUAGGAUAUUUGAUCCUGCUCCUCCCGGGAAAAGGAAAGUGGUUGUGGCUACUAACAUUGCUGAGGCUUCUUUGACUAUUGAUGGGAUAUUUUAUGUCAUUGAUCCGGGGUUUGCUAAGCAAAAUGUUUAUAACCCAAAGCAAGGUCUUGAUUCCUUGGUGAUAACUCCGAUAUCACAAGCGUCAGCCAAACAAAGAGCUGGACGUGCAGGGCGUACUGGACCUGGAAAGUGUUAUCGUCUUUAUACUGAGAGUGCGUAUAGGAAUGAGAUGUCUCCUACUUCAAUUCCAGAGAUUCAAAGGAUAAAUCUGGGUAUGACUACUCUUAACAUGAAAGCUAUGGGCAUAAAUGAUCUUCUGUCAUUUGAUUUUAUGGAUCCACCAUCACCCCAAGCACUUAUUUCCGCCAUGGAGCAGCUUUACAGUCUUGGAGCAUUGGAUGAAGAGGGUCUUCUAACCAAAUUGGGGAGGAAAAUGGCUGAAUUUCCUUUGGAUCCACCACUGUCCAAGAUGCUGCUUGCCAGUGUUGACCUUGGAUGUAGCGAUGAGAUUUUGACCAUAAUUGCCAUGAUCCAGACCGGCAAUAUUUUUUACAGGCCCAGGGAGAAACAAGCCCAAGCAGAUCAGAAAAGGGCAAGGUUUUUCCAGCCAGAGGGUGACCAUCUUACAUUACUUGCUGUUUAUGAAUCCUGGAAAAAUAAAAACUUUUCUGGACCCUGGUGUUUUGAGAACUUUGUUCAAUCUCGAUCGUUGAGAAGAGCCCAGGAUGUAAGGAAACAACUUCUCACCAUCAUGGAUAAGUACAAAUUGGAUGUGGUGAGUGCUGGAAAAAACUUCACAAAGACCAGGAAGGCCAUCACUGCAGGGUUCUUUUUUCAUGCAGCUAGAAAGGACCCCCAGGAAGGUUACAGAACACUAGUUGAGAAUCAGCCUGUAUAUAUUCAUCCAAGUUCAGCUUUGUUCCAGAGGCAGCCAGACUGGGUCAUAUACCAUGAGCUUGUAAUGACAACUAAGGAAUAUAUGCGUGAGGUUACAGUCAUAGACCCCAAGUGGCUUGUUGAAUUGGCUCCAAGAUUCUUUAAAGUGUCAGAUCCUACAAAGAUGAGCAAACGGAAGCGUCAAGAGCGUAUCGAACCACUUUAUGAUAGAUACCAUGAGCCAAAUUCAUGGCGUUUGAGUAAACGCCGUGCAUGAUAUGGUUUAUCAUUUUCUCUUAAUGCAAGGCUGUGGAUACAAUUUAUGUUGGAUUUAGUUUUAAAUAUAGUUAUUCCGUUGGACGUCUGUUGAUUUGAAUGAAGUCCGUAUAUUGUGCACCUGUGCUUGUCCACUCUUUGAAAUUUAAAAUAUUACACCAUACAUACUCACAAGCAAAUUCCAGUGUUAAGCUGAACGAAAAAGGAAUACAGCGUAUAUUGAUCUAAGAUUCAUGGCUUAUCACUGAUUGUCUGUGCUGGGCUAUAAAGUUCAGGAAAAGGGUGUGCUCCACACAAUUAUCUAGAUGAUGUAUGUGCAACAAUGAAACUUGUUAAGAUCUAACAUGGUGUUGAUACUUGAUAAGUCAUUUUCAUACGUUGGUUCAAGAGCCUGUUUCAGAAAGUGAGAUGGCGAAGCUGCUUAUUCACAGAAUACCAACCACUUUGAACAGUGAAACACACUACAUGAAAUUGUUUCUGGAGACUACACAGUAGAACCAAAGCCUUCCACGAAUGGUCAAGGAGAUAAGUAUUCUGCCUUAGCUAUUUUUAAGAACCAACAAGAGGCGCAUGAUGCAUUUGAAAAUGUUCAAGGCAGCCAAUCAAAGGAUUCAAAUGGGCAUCCACAGAAACUCGUACAUGACGGCUGAGUAUGGGUUGGGGUCUACGUGUUCGGAAAAUGGCAAGUGAUGAACACUACAAACAAAUUCCAUCUAAGAGAGCUUUACAAGUGGAUGAGACAGUCGCUGUUUCCAAGAACAAGAAAGUAACAAUGGAUCCUGAAGUUGAAAAGGAUGCUCUGAAAGCUUUGCAAGUGGACGGGGUGAUUCCAAUGAAGCAAAAAGUGAAUCCUGAAAUUGCCAUUGGAAAUGAUGCCCACUUGAAUGUGAUUGAAGCACUGAAUGAAUGAUUGGAAGAGAUUGAAUCAUUGAGGGAACAGUUCAGAAAAAAGGAUUUUGAAAUCAUCACGCUGCAUAAAAUGGUAUGUAACUUAAAAAAGUGAAAUCCUAAAAAAUGCUAGGCAUGGCACUGCAAUGUGGUGUUAGAUUAUUUGAUCAAUGAAUUCAAGGACAUGCUAUUCUCAGGUGAAUUUUAUAAACUGUGGCAAUGUCUUAAAACCGUUUGGGAAAAGCUUAUAGCUUUGGUACGACUAUGUGUACUUGUUCCUUUUUACCAAUUCAAAUUCAGAACUAAAGUUUUGGCCCCAAGGGAUGAGCAGGUGGAAUGAUGAAUGUUACUGUUAUUCACCAACAGCCACAAUAAUGCAGUUGUGGUUACUAGGAUUUUGUCAUGUGGUACUAUAUUAUUGUUUGAAACGUGUUGUGUAAUGUUGAGUAAAUACAUUCCAUUUAGUUGGCCUUGUUUGAGAAUGCUGUAGUUUUUGGUUAAGGUAGUUUGUAGUAGUAAAAGUUGUGUUUUUUUUAUUAUGUUUACUCCUGAUUUUGUGUCUAGACGAAACGCGUUGGACAUGCUCUGCAAAUUUCAUGGGAUUGUGAAGAAUAUUAGAUAUGAUUUUUAGUUA